GCAACAACAACAAGCCCGCUAUUAAAAUUCACCUGCGGCAACAAAAACACGCAAGCAAAAUAGCGACGUCGCUGCCGUCGUCGUCUGCAAGAGCAGCUGAGGCAGUGGCCGCGGUCCGCGGAGACGCAGCGCUUGAGCUCAGUUUCUUCUGAUGGCCGUGUCCCAGUGCUAGUAAAUGUGCAUUAAUCCGAUCAAAACAAACGCCAAAGAUUCUGGCAUUCGUUAUUAAUUAAAUCAGCAGCCGCAGCGGCAGCCGUAACAACAGCUGAGUGCGACCGAGCCAACGAGUGGGAAUGAGAGGGCAACAACAGCAGCACCAGCAGCAGAAGCCCACAUUUGACUUAUACAGCCAACAACCACAUCAACGACAACGACAACAACAACAACAACAACAAUUGCUACUGCUACUGCUUCUUCUUAUACAAAGUCAGCACCAGCCAGAGCUGCAAAACACCGGCACAACAGCUAUACUCUCAGACGGCGCAGCAGCGACGCCAACGCCACCGAUUUGUUGGUAAUUAAAAGUGAAGAAGAGAAAAGGCAGCGACGCAGUCGCCAGCAGCAGCAGCAGUAGCAGCAGCGGACAUUCAGUCAGUUGUCGGCACAUAACGGAACAGAUUCAAUUCGUGCACUGAUCGCAUCGCAUCGCGUCGAUUCGUUUAUAAAAAUAGCAACACACCAAAGAGCGAGAGAGCUAGAGUGAGAGAGAGAGAGAGAGAGAGAGAGAGCGAGAACGAGAGCGAGCGCGCACACCAAAGAGAACAGGAGAAAGAUUCAGUAGAAGAACUUGAGAUUGAACGGUGCGGGGGAUUAUUGGGGAAUUCAAAUCGUUCGCUAAUAACCCAAGUGCGGAUUUGGAUUACAAGCAACAACAACAACGACUGCAACAACAACAACGAUAAAAAGAAGUAAAGUGCUGCCACAGCGUCGUCGGAGAACGUCGCCAAAAUUUCACUCGAUCUAAUGGCCAAAGACGAGGAGGAUGAUCUGCUGCCCGACAAGGAUGCGGCCAAGGGCUUCUACGCCAAAUAUGAGCCCAAAGAAAUACUGGGCAGGGGCAUCAGUUCGACGGUGCGUCGCUGCAUUGAGAAGGAGACGGGCAAAGAGUUUGCAGCGAAAAUUAUCGAUCUGGGCGCCACGACGGAAUCGGGCGAAACGAAUCCAUAUCAUAUGCUCGAAGCAACCAGGCAGGAAAUCUCAAUCUUACGCCAAGUGAUGGGGCAUCCCUACAUAAUUGAUUUGCAGGAUGUAUUUGAAUCGGAUGCAUUUGUAUUUCUUGUCUUCGAGCUGUGCCCCAAGGGCGAACUGUUCGACUAUCUGACAUCGGUGGUGACGCUCUCCGAGAAGAAGACACGCACCAUCAUGCGGCAGAUAUUCGAGGGCGUCGAGUAUAUACACGGCAAGAACAUCGUGCAUCGAGAUCUGAAGCCCGAAAACAUAUUGCUCGACGAGAAUCACAACGUGAAGAUCACAGACUUUGGAUUCGCCCGGCAGCUGGGCGAGGGCGAGAAACUUACAGAUCUUUGCGGCACUCCGGGCUAUUUGGCACCGGAGACACUCAAGUGCAACAUGUUCGAGGGUUCCCCGGGCUACUCGCAGGAAGUGGACAUUUGGGCCUGUGGCGUCAUAAUGUUCACCCUGCUCGUCGGCUGUCCCCCGUUCUGGCAUCGCAAGCAGAUGGUGAUGCUGCGCAACAUCAUGGAGGGCAAAUACAGUUUCACCUCGCCCGAAUGGGCCGAUAUUUCAGAGGAUCCCAAAGAUCUGAUACGUAAAUGUCUAGUCGUUGAUCCAGCGCAACGUAUCACCGUUAAGGAAGUAUUAAGACAUCCAUUCUUCAAUCAAAUGGUUCUACUGAACGAGAUGACGUAUAUGCAGCACUUGCAUGCAAAUGCCAAAGUUGCACAUUAUCCAGGCAGCAAUGCGGGCAACGCUAACACAAAUAGUAGCGGUCCCAGCUCGAGCCGCCAGAAUCAGAAUCAAACAGCCUUCCGUUAUAAUCGACUGAACAGUGGAAACGCUGGCAGCAGUUGCGGCGCAUCCUCCUCCUAUAUUUACUGCAGUGCGCCGCAGAGCUCGUAUUCAUCGAAUCGAUUACGCGAUGUCGCUACAACCAGCAGUAGCAGCAAUUAUUUUGCGCCUGAUCAUGCGAAACAGAAGCAACCGCUGCAGCAGCAGCAACAGCAACAACAGCUGGAAAGCACAACGACGUCGAAUACAGCGUCGUCCAUGACCUUGACGGCCACAGUAUACUAUCAACAGCAGCAACAACAACUACAACAGCAGCAGCAGGAGCAGCAGCAACAGCAAUCAACAGCAGCUAAUAAAGCGCGGCAGCAUUUGGGCAUCGAUAACGAUAACGAUAAUUAUGAGAGUGCGGCAAAUGCAAAACAUUUAUUGUAUUCAUCCGUGCAGCUGCGGAAACAAAGUCGCUUCAACGCGCGCAAAAAGUUCCAAUUUGCCAUAUUAGUCAUACGCGCGGUUAUUAGGAUACGUCGUCUACGCUACACGGCCGAGCCGCUUCACGUUGAGGAGGCCAUACGUGAUCCUUAUCGCGUCAAGGUGCUGCGCAAGGUUAUCGAUGGCUGCGCCUUCCGUGUGUAUGGUCAUUGGGUGAAGAAGGGUGAGGGCCAGAAUCGUGCCGCCCUAUUCGAGAAUACUCCGCGCACCGAACUGCACGCGCUCUAUAUAAACAAUCUCAGUCGAUAGGAGACACAACACGUACACAUAUUCACAAAAACAAGUGAAAGUUACUAAGAACACAAAAGCAAAACAAAUUAUGAAAGAGACACCAAAAUACCAUGCAGAAAGUAUCAAAAGUUAACGGGUUUCCUCUUCCUUUCACACGCUCUCGAUUUAGUUUGUUCUGUUCGUCACACAGCAGAGACACAGACACGCACACAAUCAGUUGCGUGCUCUGCUGGAAGGCAUUAAGUACGCUAGAGUAAUGCGUAUGUAUAUAGUUAAAAGGAGCAACACAUGCAUAAACACAUAUAUGCAUAUGAAUA